GGACGCUGUGAUCCCACUCGGACACCAGCUGACUUUCAAAGAUGCUCUCCACACAGCGACACAAGACCUUCACCUUAAAUUAUUAGUACCGACAUGGGCCAUGGGACUCACUAGACGUUUUAGGCAUGCAAGACUUGCAUUCGAUGAACUCAAUACCUUACUGAGAUGAUUCAAGAACGUCAAGGGUCCCAGCACCAAGAAGAUAAUAGCGAUAUAUUAUCUAGUUUGUUGGCAGCAAAUGACGAUGAAAAAUUGUCACAGGGCGAAGUAAAGCUAAGCGACAGCGAACUAAUCGGCAAUACCUUCAUACUUUUGGUCGCAGGACACGAGCACAUACAUUGGCUUUUGCGUUCGGACUGUUGGCUUUAUAUCCCGACAAGCAAGAGGAAUUGUACCAACACAUCAAGCGAGUGCUACCUGAUGGAAGACUUCCUACUCACGAUGAUAUGCCGUCACUGGCCUACUCGUCUGCCGUGUUCAACGAGACACUACGGAUAUUCCCCCCUGUAUAUCGCCGCCGUGCCAAAGUCAAACGCGGAAGACACGACCUUCACCCUCACAGAUGCCCACGGGACGAAGAGAACGGUCGCUGUACCUCGAGGAUUUGCCCUUACGCUGGACAUAUCUGGGCUUCAUUAUAACCCUAAGUACUGGGAAGAUCCAUACGCGUUUAAACCUGAGCGAUUUUUGGGUGACUGGAAUCGGGACGCAUUCCUCCCCUUCAGUAGUGGUUACAGAGCAUGUGUGGGACGAAAGUUCUCGGAAACGGAGGGAACGGCUGUUCUGACCGUUGUACUUUCGCGAUAUACCGUUUCAGUCAAGGAUGAGCCGCAGUUUGCUGGUGAAACAUUUGAGCAGCGUAAGACGAGAGUACUUGACGCGCGAAGUCGGCUCACUCUAGCACCAACCCGCCUUCCUCUGGUGUUCAGACGAAGAAUUUGAAGAGGAGACUUGGUAAUAGUAUACACGAGAUACAACACAAUAUACGUUGAGCUUCGGUUUGACUGUACAAGUGACUUACGACUACUCUUCACUUUGGCAUCUCCAAGACUAUUCUGCC